AUGGAAAGAGAUGUGAAAAAUAUAAACCAAAUUUCAAUAGAUACAGCCACACAAUCAUCAAAUAAUGAUGAUUUUUUUGAAUUUGUUAAGGUUGUUGAUCAGUCCAGUAGCAGUAUAUGUUUUUAUUUGGUUUGGAUUGGGUGGUCGUACAAGCUCGUUAUCAAAGGCGCCGAUUCCAUGGGGCUUGGAGAUCAGACAGUUGAAUUGGAGGUUGCAAGUUCUUCCAGAAAUAUCCAUGACAUCAUCGAGUUUGCAAGUUCUUCAAGAAAUAUAGAUGACAACGACAUCACAGAAGGGAUAAUUGACGAAACCAGUAAUAAAACAAUACAAAAACCUUUAGAAAUUUUUAGUUUGGAAUCAGAGAAAAAGAAGAAGAAACAUACUUGGUUAAAAUAUGAGCCUGUUGAAGAUAAGAUAUUUUGUGAAAUAUGUCAACAAUGUGAUGACCUUAAUCUCUUUCAAUUUUUAAGUAAACAGAAUCAUGCAUUUGCCAGAAAUGGAUUCAACAACUGGAAACAUGCCUUAGAAAAAUUUAAAGCUCACGAAAAAUCACUCAGCCACCAGGAAGCAGUUUUGAAAAUAAAUAAUGUAAAUCAAGGCACAAAUGCUCUAAGUCAACAGAACUCUUUUAUACAGAAAGAUAUGAUCAUAAAAGAUGUUCUUUCCAGAUUCAAUAUAAGUUUUCACAAGUGCCGUGGACAGUGUUUUUAUGGAGCUGCUAAUAUGGGUGGGAAAAUAAAAGAGAGUCGCCAAAACGGCUGUCAUGGUUUUCUACAUUACAAGCUAAAGAUAGCACUUCUCUCAGACCUCUGUGUCUAA